AGUAGCAGUAGCUAGCAGUGGUUCUAGUAGAUGCUAACCCAAAAAGUCCUUCGUCGUUACGACUUUCCUAUUAAACGGCGAUCGACGGAAAGGUCAUCAUUCUAGAAGGCAUCGUAAGCCACCAUGGCUUCGCAACAAACUCAGCCUCAACCUUCUUAUAUUCUGCGUGGACACGGUGCGCAAGUCCAUUCAACCUCCUUCAUGCGAUCCAACAGUCGUCUGUUGACGGGAGAUGCGGACGGUUGGAUUGUUUCCUGGAGUCUGGAAAUCAAGCGACCAGUCGCAGUGUGGAAGGCUCACGAGGGCUCUAUUUUGGGAAUUCUUGCAUGGGGUCCCAACAACAUCAUCACGUACGUCCUAAAUAUUCAUCCCACUCUUCAGCCUUGUCGUCUAUAUUAGUUCCUGGGCUUUCCAAAAUAAUCAUCCGAUUCGUCAUAAGUGCAUCUACUCUAUUUUCAAAUUUCAGGAACAUACGCAAAGAAGUCUUGUUCCUGCUUCUCCGCGCUUAUCUGCUGCAUCCUGUCCCAUGACCAGAUACGUCCACAUUGCUAAUUCAUUCAUUGUAGACAUGGAAAAGAUAACAAACUCAUUGUUUGGAAAUUAUCCGAGGAAGAUGAAAGGUCCAUGAGAGUAGUUCUUCCAGUUGAUACACCUCCGGACCCACGACCACAACCAUGGCUCCUGCAUCUCCUCCAAGUCAACACGAUGAAUUUCUGUUCCUUCGCAAAGACAUCAAUCCCUUCAUCAGACUCAUCAAGUGAUGAUGAUGAACAAUUAUUAGUAGCAGUACCAAACACUCUCACCUCAGAAACCGUAAGUUGCAUUUCCGAGAUGCCCACCUUCACCAUACAUACUGAAACCCUUAGGUCGACAUAUUCCACCUCCCCUCCUCCAAACGCAUCCACACCAUCCCCAAACACCCCUCCUUCAAAGGCGGCAUGAUAAUGACAAUCUCCCUCUUCCAUCACCCCCUCACGAACCACCUCACAGUCAUCGCCGGCUUCGAAAGCGGCCACACAACCAUCUCCCAACUAAUCCCCAGCACUAACACCUGGCAACCCCUCUACAUCUCCCAAGCCCACACCCAACCCGUUCUCUCCCUCGAUGUAGACCCCACCAAGAAAUUCUACCUCACAUCCUCCGCCGACGCCAUCAUCGCCAAACAUCCCAUCCCUGAAAAUCCCUCCCCUUCAACUUUCCGUGCCAUGGAAAGUACCCCCUUGAAAAUCGUGCAAACCAAGCAUUCCGGCCAGCAAAAUCUGCAGAUGAGGAGUGAUGGCCGUAUCUUCGCGACGGCUGGGUGGGACUCCAAGGUUCGGGUUUAUAGUUCGAAGACGGUUAAGGAGUUGGCGGUUUUGAAGUGGCACAAGGAGGGGUGUUUUGCGGUUGCUUUUGCGGAGGUUAAAGGGGGUGGUGAUGAGGGUGAGGGUCAGGAUGGGAAGGAGAUUGUUAGGAGUGUGGAGGCUAUGACGGUGAAGGAGAAGAGGAUUUGGAAGGCGCGUAAUGCGCAUUGGAUUGCGGUGGGGAGUAAGGAUGGGAAGGUCAGUUUGUGGGAUGUUUAUUGA